AUGGAGCUCUCUAUUCGCAAGAUAUGCCAUCUCCUUUCAAACAUACAACAGUUAAACGGGUCGAAUGAGACAUCCGAUUAUGAGAUGUGGAGUUCUGCAGGUAUUGGGGCUCUUGCUAGACGUCCCAAUAAUAAGAAUCACGACGAGAUUUCAAAAUCAGAAGAAAAAACUCAGAUAUUUGGAAUGCAUGAUGAAAAGGAUGUCACAGCAACUGAUGUCAAAAAAAGGAUGAAACUUAAGUUCAGUAAAGCAUGGUUAUCAUUUCUUACAUUGACCCUUCCUGUAGAUGUAUACAAACAGGUUCUGGCAUCUCUUCAUGUAGCCGUAAUUCCUUAUCUAUCUAAUCCUGUUAUGCUUAGUGAUUUCUUGACACGAUCGUAUGAUAAUGAAGGAGUCAUCAGUGUUAUGGCACCGAGCAGUCUUUAUCCUAAUGACACAACACGACUUGCACUUUCUGUUCCACCGUCAGGGGCGCUAAUCAUUAUUGCUUUAGUUCACAAUCUUUUACGGAGGCAUGCUUCAAUCAACUUCUUGGUGCACCAGGAAGAAAUCGAUGAGAGUGCCAAGGAAAGUUCAGAAGCAAAAGAGAGUGGUGUCGAUGGGACAGAAAACUCAUGCGCUGGAAAGAAGCAAGGGGUUGAUCUUUUUAUUGUUGAAGAGGGUGACCCUAGAAAGAGUAAUGUGAUGAGAAGCUCUCUGUGGGAGAUUGAUACUCUCGGAAAUCACUACUGCCCACCAAUUUCAAGAUUUGUGUUGUCCCUGGAGAAUGAUUUAACGGUUAGAGCCAAAACAACCGAAGUUGCUGUUAAAGAUUUCAGUUCUGGAUCAUAUGCAACCAUUUUUGGCGAGGAGAUGAGGCGAAGGGUAAAACAGGUCCCAUUGGCAUUCUAUAAAUCCAGUCCACGUGUUUUGUUCUCGGAAUUAGAUUUUCCCGGUUGGAGAUUUGUGUCCAAUGACGGGGAGCCCGUUUCCAUCAAUAGUGAUUUAGCUACAUCUACCGAACCUAUCCAUUCUUCUCUGAAACGGCAACGUGUAGAAUGA